GUUGACAAACAAUGGCAAGCAUCUAAAGAGCUACAACGAGGUUGCUAGGAGCAAUGGACGAAUCUUCAGCCUCGUUUGUACAACACGAGCGUCUUUGGGUGACGGCGGAAGCCGCCAUCACGGGAGCAGAAUGGCGCGGGUCUCCACACGAACAAAACUACCAACGACAGGCAUCCCACGAGAGCCCGUCACGAAUGCUACUGGUGCGUGCAGAGUCUCAGCAACGUUUACGAGUAGCGGAUUUUUCCACUAGCGGAUCCAAUAAACCAUCAUCCGCAGAGUCUUCCGGGCUCAGUCCUUUUCCAACGAAGGUUUACAACAUCUUGCAACGACAUCGAGUUUCCCAUAUACACAUAGAGUUCGCCAACCGCGCGUCAGAUACGUUUCCUCUCCCUCAUUCAAAGGAACUGCAGCAGCAACAACAUCAGGAUCAACGAGACGGCCCAAUGCCGCUGUCAGGUCCUUCGGGGGUGUCAGUGCGCGCCGAAUUCUGGCCGUUCGACUCCUUGUACCACCGAGAUCCACUGGGCUUUGACGGUAGCUACAACAGAAACGACAGCAACAACAAGUACCAUACAGGUCCGGCAACGUACACUACGCGGUUCCACGCACUGCUGCAAGAUCUAGUGGCUGAUCGUAUCCUUCUGGCCCCCGUGGUUUCGCUGGACAAGCCUCGCUUGCGACGCGACGUCCAUACCCGUUCAACUCCUCCAUUCAACCCCCCAGCGACCGCCAACGGUACCCGACCCUCGACCGUCACUGUCGAAACUAUUUUACCUACGGAGGUGGCGCCGGCGGCAGUCGAAAGCUUUCAAGCCUUUGCCAACCUAGCCACCUGCACCGCAUUGUUUGCCAAUGCGGACGCUUGGUCCAACUUUUGGGUAGGUGCCCAAGACGCCACGACACCCUCCAAGCGUAAGUGGCAGCUUGCCACCACUACACCACUGUCCCGACGUACCAUGUACUGGGAUCUAUCGGCGAACGAGGCGUGCUUUGUGCGAGAGUAUCGAGGUGACGGUGAGACAUCUGAUGCUUGCGUUUAUCGGUUUACGCAUGGCCUCUCGUACGCUGUAAUCGGGCCAGCCGAUUCCUCUAGUCAUCCAACAGUCGCAGAGAUUGUACCCAUAACUAGGCUAGAAACUUGCCCAUUUUCACCCUUGGUGCAGUUGGACGUCUUGGUUCAUGACGAAACUUCUUUAUCGGCUACUCUUGUUUCCAGACAAACACUCACCCCCGAUACCGAGCUUCCGCACGCAUCACUUGAAGCGUUGGAACAGAGUCGGUCGGCGUACCGUCAGCGCGGCUUUUGGAGGUUGAUCGUUGGACUGGAUCGCCGAAAGGGAGUCGCCAACAGCGGCCGGCUCUGGAUGACCGUCGAAAACGACCACGACUGCGCCGCAACAGGAAUUGUGUUGCAACAAAUUCCACAGAUUAUUCAACCGAUUUGGUCAACACUGACGUUGAUCACAGAGAGUUAUGCAACAGAUGUAGCUGAAAUUUCCUACUUGGCUUGGGCUGAUCUGGAUCAGCACAGUUUGCAAGUAUUGGAGAACGGUUCACUGGAAUUUUUGUUUACGCACAUAUUGCCCCCCAAGUCGUCUUUGACAUUCUCGAUUGACUACAACCCGUCCUUUCUACCCUUUGAAACUUUUCCCGGCGACGCUAACCGCGGAUUUGAGUUACCACCAGCUCGAGUAUUUUUACAAUCAAGCUGCGUCUCGAACAAGACGACAGCGCAACCAUUCGUCGUCAACACCACCUUGUACGGUGAAUCGCUCUUACUUAUGGCGCCACUUCCAGAUAUGAGCAUGCCUUUUAACGUCUUAUCUCUCUGUUGUACGUUGUACGCUUUUGUGUUGGGGUCCAUAUUGAAUUUGGUCACACGGAAGGCGUCGGAAAAGAUCAAGUACUCGAUGGACCCGAGUGCGAAGCCAAAGUCCAAACUGGAUCGCGUCCGAGAAAAGGCAAGGACCACUUACGAUCGAAUUGGAGCCAAGUGUAGAGGACGUCGAGCUAUGGAGGAACACGAGAACGGAGCAAAAUUGAAAAACGAGUAA